UCACUUUGCAUAUUACAUAAUUACCCAUCUUCCGCAGCUGCAGUGGCAGUGGCAAUGGAUGCGACAGUGGCAGUGGCUUAGAUGGGACAUUUUUUAGGAGCCACCUCCUUGUCUGCAUGCACCGCAAAUUGCAUUUGCAUUAUUUAUAUUGCGUCAAUAAAACGCGCAUUCAGGAAUAAUUAGCGAACGAACGCAGAGCUUGUCGACGGAGAAGCGGAGAAGCGGAGACCAGCGGAUUGAGAUCGGCGCAGUUGAUCCGUUUAUGGCUGGCGCUAGGAUUUAUUUGUACUUCCUUUCGCAUUUGAAAGGCGAGCGUCUACCUGGUGAGCCCGAUGAGUGCCGCUACAUUCAUGAAACCAUUUGGCGCUUUUAAGCGACUCAAUUACGCACUUUGAUUCCCACAUUGGCCGCUCUAGUCGCCUGUCGUUGGGUGUCGCCUCGCUCUGCCUCGUUCUGCCUCGUCCUGUGGCAAGGACUCAAAGGACUCAAAGGACACUGGCUACCUGGCCGCCGUCUGAGGCAAGAUGCGUAAGCACUAAUUUUUGUGUGCGCUCAGUUUGCCGUUUAAUUGCCGCGGCUCGCGCUAAGUGUUCCCUAGAAAAACAAAGGGCAACGCUGCGCGGCGUUGGUUCAAUCAAGCACAUGUCGUCCUGGGCUGACUCCUUGGUCCUUGGUCCUUGGUCCUUGCACAGGCGCCCCGGAUGUCUCGAGUGUCAAGCGCCUUUGCAGCCUUUGUCUGAUUAUCGCAGCCACGCAACGCUGAUGUGCGGUUAUGUCAAUUAACGCGGAUGCGGAUCAGUCCGAAAGGAUCGUGGUAUAUAAGCGCAGCUUCGCGUCGCACAGGACAUCACAUUCGCCGCAGCCACCGAACGCAGCACAUCGAACGCGAAGAUGCAGUUGGGAAAAGCUAUAAUCAUACUCAUUUCGCUGGCCAUCCAGCAAAGCUGCCUGGCACUCUACAUCAAGGGCGUGGAGAAGAGUCCUGUCAAGAGCCAAGGACCCAAGGACGAUUGGGGCGUCUUCAAGAACACACUCGGACUAAGCCAAGAAAAAGUUGAACUGCUCAAAUCGCAAAAGGAUCAGCAGGGCACCAAGGAGCUGCUCAAUCGCUUCAUUCUGGAGAAUCCAAAGGCACUGCCCAAGGCCAAGCAGCAACCGGAUCAGUUCAUGGGCCUCUACAGAUCCAUCCUCAAGAAGCUGACGGCAUCCAAGCGCCUGCUGAAGACCUCGCUGAACUUUGAACUGGCGGACAGGCCACAGAAGACACUGAAGAGGCCACGUCGCAAGAUCGCCGUGAAGAUGGUCUCCGAUAUGCCGUCGUGGAAGAUCGAGAGUCUGCUGAACUCGUUCUAUCUGAAGCAUGGCAUUCCCCGCAAUGCCGAGGAGCACGAUUAUCCCGACCAGGACAUGGCCCGCGAUACUGAUUACGACUCCGAUAACUUCUACGACGACGAGGGCGAUGUGGGACUGACGGCGAAGACGCGACAGAACACCGAGUAUGGCUCGUUCCAGGACCUCAUUAUGCAGGCCAAGAUGAACGAGUGGGAGCGGGAGGAGGAGGAAACCAAGUUGCACGGCCCAGACAGUGAUGAUUACAUCUAAGUCCGUCUAAGGGUAUCCACGUUGAUGGUGGGCUGUGCAAUAGAGGUUCAUAUGCUGGCAUUGGACUUGUCUUUAGGCUAGAGUAGUUUGUAAUGCCACAAACGCGCUUUAAUUCAAACGAUUAGUUUUGUAUUUAUUAACAUAGCAUAUAACAUAACUUUCGUAUUUUUUUUGAAAAUGAAAUUAUAAAUAAAGUUACUAAGAAGUUGAAAUUUAAAGUGAAUCAAAAAUUUACUAAGAAGUUAAGAUUUGAAGUGAAAUAAAUUUACUUAAAAGUUGA